UGUGGUGCCACAUGCCUUCGUUCCCAGUGGACCUCGGCGGUGUUCGAAAACACAACAUUCCCAAAUAAACCCAAAUGAGGAGAGCCGGCUAUCAGACUAAAUCUUGUGCCUCGUUUAGCAGCAUCGCGUCGAGCCAGCCCACUCACCGAUGCCUUUAAUGAACGCAAGGAAUGGGUUCAGUGAAGAACUGCCCAGAGAUGUCGAGCAAUCUCCUCGAUUUGGGGGGAACCCAACGAACGCGAUCCAUAUUUACAAAGCUCUGAAUCAAAGUUCUCUUUAUAACCGGAACCAAAAUAGGACAAUUACUCCGGUCAAAGACGAAAAAGAGGAACUAUCGAUAUCUUCGACUCGUAUAAUGAACGAUGGUAGAAAGAUUCCCCUACUUGGGCUGGGAGCCCACGAUAUCCAUUCCAAACAAGCUGUACUCUGGGCCUUAGAGAGUGGUUACCGUCUAAUCGACACGGCUUCAAGAUAUCAUAACGAACAAAGCGUCGGCGAGGCAGUACGUUGUAGUAACAUCCCCAGAUGUGAAAUUUAUGUCGUGACCAAAGUGUACUUCACCGAACACGGAUACAAAGAAACCAUGGAUGCGUUUUACAAGAGUCUGACCCGUCUAGGAUUAGGCUAUGUUGACUUGUAUUUGAUCCAUUUUCCCGUUCCUUCUGGUGUAGUCGGAUCGUGGCAAGCUAUGAUAGAUUUAAGGUCAAGAGGGCUUAUCAGGUCUAUUGGCGUCUCCAACUUCAACAUCCAGCACCUGGAAGCCCUGCGGCAACAGACCGGGGUUGUCCCAGCCGUCAAUCAAAUAGAAGUUCACCCCUUUCUUCAGAUGAAAGAGCUAACACAGUACUGCAAAAGGCACAACAUUACCAUUCAAGCAUUCUCUCCACUGACCAAGGGAGAGAAAUUAUGUGAUCCCAUCCUAUCAUAUGUCGCCAAGAAAUAUAACAAAACAACUGCACAGAUCUUGGUGCGAUGGUCUCUACAGAAAGGCUAUGCUUGCAUUCCAAAGUCUGCACAAUUGGAAAGAAUCAAGGAAAAUGCUAAGGUGUUUGACUUCAGCAUAGACAGGGCAGAUAUGGAGCUUAUUGAUGGGCUAGAGGAAAAUUAUAGAACCGGAAGAGACAAGAUACUAUGGCCUUGGGAAGGCUAGUCUGGUGAUUAAAACUAAUUGAAGUACAGUUUUAUCUAGCAUUGAAACAUGUGAGAAAUUGUAAUAUAUUAUAUAUAAUGCACUUUAUAGAAAAAAAUAACAGCAAUUACUAGAACAUUUUUAUUAUUGUUAUAUUUAUGAAGGAAUAAUAAUUUUUGCUGAUACCAAAGGUAUCAAAAGACUUUUAUUGUAAAAAUAAACACAUUUUUAUAGUGCA